CAAUCAUUUCCCACUUCUUCUCCUCUUGUUUUUUUGUUUUGGGUCUCUGGAAGUGGGUUAGAGGAGGUCAUGGAGGGAAGCAUGCUAUGCUCCGCCAACUACGUCCCCCUCUCGCCACUCAGCUUUCUCGAGCGCGCCGCGGUCGUCUACGCCGACCGGACGGCCGUCGUCUAUGGCUCCACCACGUAUACAUGGAGCCAGACCCGCGACCGGUGCCUCCGCCUCGCCUCUGCUCUCACCAGCUUGGGGAUCUCUCGAGGCGACGUCGUUGCUGCACUUGCUGCUAACAUUCCAGCAAUGUAUGAAUUACAUUUCGGUGUCCCCAUGGCCGGUGCAGUCCUCUGUACACUGAACACCCGGCUUGAUGCAGCCAUGGUCUCGGUCCUGCUGAAGCAUUCGGAUGCAAAGGUCAUCUUUGUCGAUUCUCAGCUUCUUGAGAUUGGCCAAGGGGCACUCAAGAUUCUCUCUGAAUCCAAAGUCAAGCCUCCUCUCCUGGUCAUAAUUGCAGAAUCCUAUGAUUCAGUUGCUGCAAUCCGAGGUCCUGUUGCUUCAGCAAAUAUGGAAUAUGAGACUCUUCUGAGGACUGCUUCACCUUGCUUUGAGAUUAAAUGGCCUCUUGAUGAAUGCGACCCGAUCUCUCUGAACUAUACUUCAGGCACUACAUCCAGACCGAAAGGUGUCAUCUACAGCCACCGAGGUGCGUACCUGAACGCCAUUGCGACGAUCCUUUUCAAUGACAUCACUACAAUGCCGGUGUACCUGUGGACCGUGCCCAUGUUCCAUUGCAAUGGAUGGUGUCUUGCUUGGGGUAUGGCAGCUCAGGGAGGCACCAACAUCUGCCUAAGAAAUGUUACAGCACAGGCAAUCUUUGAUAACAUUGCCCUUCACAAGGUAACACACAUGGGCGGUGCUCCGACGGUCCUCAACGUGAUCGUGAACGCUUCGAUCACCGAACGGAAACCACUUCCAGGCAAGGUAGGUGUGAUGACUGGUGCUGCUCCUCCACCACCCCAGGUGCUGUUCAAGAUGGAGGAGCUUGGUUUUCAUGUCACCCAUGGAUAUGGUCUCACAGAAACUUAUGGCCCAGCGACUGUCUGCAUCUGGAAGCCUGCAUGGGAUGCCUUGCUUCCCGAGGAACGCGCGAAGAUGAAGGCCCGCCAGGGGCUUAACCAUAUCGGAAUUGAGGAGGUUGACAUCAAGGAUCCAAUCACUAUGAAGAGUGUUCCAGCUGAUGGGAAAACCAUUGGCGAGGUAAUGCUUCGAGGCAACACAGUGAUGAAUGGUUACUAUAAAGAUUUGAGUGCAACGAAGGAGGCAAUGGCGGGUGGAUGGUUUCGAUCAGGAGACCUCGGUGUCAGGCAUGCUGAUGGGUAUAUACAGCUGAAGGAUCGGUCGAAGGACAUUAUUAUAUCAGGUGGCGAGAACAUAAGCACAAUUGAGGUAGAGUCGGUGCUUUUCAGCCACCCGGCGGUGCUCGAGGCGGCGGUAGUAGGGAGGCCAGACCACCAUUGGGGUGAGACCCCCUGUGCUUUUGUGAAGCUGAAGGAGGGUGCUAGUGUUUCUGCAGAGGAUGUCAAAUUCUGCCGUAGUAGGUUGCCUCAUUAUAUGGCUCCCAAGUCUGUUGUGUUUGAGGAUCUUCCAAAGACUUCAACAGGAAAGAUACAGAAGUUUAUUCUUAGGGAGAAGGCUAGGGCCAUGGGAAGCCUUUCUAAGAAAGGUGGAAGCAAACUUUGAGAUCCAAUCGAGGAUAAGGAAAUCUUGUCUUUGGACCUAUUUGAUUUCUGAGUAGUGUCAUCAAUAUCCAUUUGUGAAAUGUAAACUGAAUUCUGAAUACUAAAAUCAUUUCUGAAGUUAAAUACAGCAGUCUCUCUUGAAAUUGAAAA